AUGAAUCUGACAGAAGAAUACCAAAGAGCACGCGAUUAUAUUCAAAACGAUUUUAAACCAUCCGGAAGUUGGAGUUUAUUCGAAUUUCUCAUUCGGUUCGUUGGUGGAUUUGUUUCUAUGUACGAAUUAUCUCUUGACAAGCUCUAUUUAGACAAAGCUGUCGAAUGUGCCGACGCCGUCUAUCCUCUUAUGGAAUCAGGCAUUUUUGGCGGCGGUGUUAAACUAGGAAUCGAUCAGAAUGGGAAAAUUAAAGCAUCGUACAGUUCAGGCGGCGGUAGAUCUGUUGCUGAUUCAAAUACUUACCAACUUGAGUUCAUUUCUCUUUCAAUGCUCACUGGAGAUCCCAAGUACAUUGACUUAGCAAUGAAAACAUACAAAAAUAUGUGGGAACGCUACAAAAACAGAGGAUUAAUUUCAGAUAGUUUCAGCGGAAGCAAUCUCCACGUUGGAGGAGGUAUAGAUUCAUACUACGAAUAUAUCAUAAAGAUAUACGUGAUGACACGAGGCGUUGCCCGGCCAUUCCUCGACAAAUAUCUACAAAUUGUCAAAGAUAUCAAGGAAAAGAUCGUCGUCCACUCAAAGAAGUCGAACUACACUGGCCUCGGCGUGUACUCAGGCGGUUCAGUCAAUCCGAUGCAGGAGCACCUCGGCACACGCUUGCCGGGAAUGAUUGCGGUCGGAACUGUAAAAGAGAAUCCGCACGCAGCUGAAGACUUGCAGCUCGCGGACGAUCUAACAACAGGGUACGCGAAGGCUUACGAGUUCACGCAGACAGGCGUAGGGCCAGAGCGCGUGAGGUUUUCGAACAAAGAAGGGAAAGAUUUCGAGAUAGAAAAUCCAGUUUACAUGCUGAGGCCGGAAUCAUGCGAGAGUGUUUACGUGAUGUGGAAAUUCACUGGACUUCCAAAAUUUAGGAUGUACGCUUGGAACAUGUUCUCUGGAAUAAAUAAAUACGCAAGGAAGAGCAAGGGAUUCGGACAUAUAAGGGAUGUUAACAAUGCAAAUGACACUCGCUCCUACGGCAACCAGGAAAGUUUCUUCUUCGCAGAGACAUUGAAAUACCUUUACCUGACAUUUGCUGAUACUUCACUCAUUUCGCCCGCUCAAUGGGUGUUCAACACAGAAGGACACCCACUCAGGCACUUCACAGAAGAAGAAGUGCAGAAAUGGAAGGACAAACUUAACUUCAAAUAA